UUUCAGGAACAAAGCAAUAAAUGAAAGGUUCGGUUCUCUCCCUUGUCACCAUGGUAGUGAUGGCGCUGGUUGGUGAGGGACUGACAGACAGAAAUACAGAUCACGUGAUCUACGUCCGACGACCCCCCUACAGCUCUGGCUAUGUACAAGACUACCACCACCGCCCCAACACCAACUACAACAGCUACCAGCAGGUGCCCUACCAUGGCAGCAACAGGAACUAUCCCCACAACACCAACUACCCCCACAACACAAACUACCCCCACAACACCAACUACCACCACAGCCGCCACAACACUCACUACGGCGGAUGAAGCGAUGACAACAAAUAAAUUGUAUAUAAUGUGACCGACAA